AUGCGCUUCAUGCUCAUGCAGAGGAAGCGAUGGCACGGCACACAUGUGUUCGAACGCGUUUCGGAGUUUGCAGCAGCAGGACCUGAAUGGAUGAAGCACGUGGGGAUUUGGUUUCUGACGAAGUUUACCGCCGUAUGCGUAACCAUGCGCUGCAUGUGCUGCUGCGCAUACUGUGGAAUUGUAAUGCUGAUGGAGAUGAAGACAGACCCACGAACUGUGAACUUUUUCUUGUGGAUGGCUCUCUUAAACUUUUUCUUAUGCUGGACAUCGGUUGACGCACAGAUGGGGUUUGAUGGUCCUCUCUCUGCACAGGAGCAGAUGUACAUCCUUUACGAAAUACAACUGCAGUGCUACCAGAACCUCUCCAACAUUGAGCCAGGGUCCACAGCUGAUGAGGUGUGCCCUCCUGACUGGGACGGUCUCAUUUGUUGGCCCCACGGCACCCCUGGACAUAUCACCAAGGUUCCCUGCCCGUCUUACAUCUAUGACUUCAACCACAAAGGUCAUGCUUACAGGAAGUGUGAUGUCAAUGGCUCCUGGGUAUUUGUGGACCGCUGGAACAAAACCUGGACCAACUAUACAGAGUGUCUGCGCUUCCUGCAGCCCAGUGGUGAGGAAGGGAGACAAGAAUUCUUUGAGCGACUGUAUGUCAUGUACACCACUGGCUAUGCCGUGUCCUUCAGUGCUCUCCUAGUGGCCAUCUUCAUCAUUGGAUACUUCAGGCGUCUUCACUGCACCAGAAACUACAUCCACAUGCACCUGUUUGUUUCCUUCAUGUUACGGGCAGUCAGCAUCUUUGUGAAGGACAAAGUCGUCCAUUCCAGUGCUGGGUUGCAGGACUUUGAUUCUGCCCUGCUGGACAACCUAAAAACGGUCAGCAUGGCACCGCUGGACAAGUCUCAGUAUAUUGGCUGCAAAGUGACAGUGCUGCUCUUCAUCUAUUUCCUGGCCACAAACUACUACUGGAUCCUGGUAGAAGGCCUCUACCUCCACAGCCUCAUCUUCAUGGCCUUCAGAUCAGACUCCAGAUACCUUUGGGGAUUAAUUCUCAUUGGAUGGGGUGUUCCAGCUGUUUUUGUGGCAGUGUGGGGGAUUGUCAGGGCAACACUAGCAGACGCAAGGUGUUGGGAGUUGAGUGCUGGCAAUUUGAAGUGGAUCUACCAGGUUCCCAUCCUGACAGCCAUCGGGCUCAACUUCAUCUUGUUUGUGAACAUUGUACGAGUGUUGGCGACUAAAAUCCGAGAAACGAACGCAGGAAGAUACGACACCAGGAAACAGUACAGGAAGCUGGCAAAGUCCACCCUUGUACUUGUGCUGGUGUUUGGCAUCCACUACAUAAUCUUUGUCGGGAUGCCUCAUACUCUGCAGGGCCUGAGCUGGGAAGUCCGGAUGUAUUGUGAACUCUUCUUCAACUCCUUCCAGGGCUUCUUUGUGUCCAUCAUCUACUGCUACUGUAACGGAGAGGUCCAGACGGAGAUAAAGAAAACGUGGACCCGCUGGAACCUCGCCUUUGAGUGGGAGGGCCCGGUGGUCUGCGGUCGCUACCGUUACGGCAAUGUGGUGGUCGGCCUCAACAACAACAGCACAAGCAGCCAGUCUCACCUGGCAGGGGCUGGCCCUUCAACACACUCCACCACACUUGUCUCGAGCCGUGUUUCUCGGAGUACAGGCCCUGUGAUCAGCCUGCACGCCACACUGCCAGGAUAUGUGAUCAGUAACUCAGAUCCUUCCAUACCUGAGGAGCCCGAGGACAGCGGGCCCAAGCAGGUGGACGAUAUCUCGCUAAAGGAAAAUCUGCCCGUCCUCAAUUCAAGUGCGACAGCUGAGGAUGAGGAGGAAACUUUGUAGCAGUGGUCUGAUGAUGGAGAUGAAGACGAUGGAAAUGUUUACAGGUUAAACUGUGCCAACCCAGUCAUGUGAUUCAAACUCCAAACAGGGUACCUAGGGAAUCAAACAUUGACUGUAUGUGUUAUGACUGAAUGAAUGAACAGCACAAAAAAGAGCAUUUUUCUUGAUAGUAAGAAUUUUAUAAAAGCAAAGCUACAUGGUGGUGAAGCUGAACGCUAUACGCACAAUUGUUUCCAUGCCACAGUGUUUCCUUUGAUGCUGUAAUGUGGCCAAAUCAUAAGUGUUCACACAGGGGAUUUCACUGAUAAAUGAACAGCUAAUUUUUUUUGAAGAAUAUUUAAGGGGCUUUUGCCCUUAGUUAGAUAGGACAGAUGAAGAGAGACAGGAUAUAUGGGAAGAGAGAGUGCACCAGACAGACUGGCUCUUUACUCUAGUGCGGCUCUUUACUCUAGCAUCUGUAUAAGAAUGCACGCCCCACUAACUAAGCUAAACCAGCACUGGGAGGCUAACAGUUUAUCUACAAAUAUAAUUCAGUGUUGGUGUUUGGCAGGGAUGCACCGAUCCAAUCCCAGUAUCUGACAAAAGUCAGAUCCAGACUAAAAUAGCUAUAACAGGUAUCACUGACAAUCCAUGAGGCAGAUAUGUAGCCUAGUUCUUUCCCUGAUAGCAUCAGCUUUUGGGCUAGAUGUGGCAUCUUUCUUACACCUUUGGCUGAGAUGUGGCCAAUCAGGAAC